GGCAAAUUGGUAAUAAGAGCAAGAAUAUCAUACAUAACACCAUUGAUUAGAAAAAAAAAACAGAAUUAGAAGAAAAAUGGCAGACUCAGACCAAACAUUUCCAGCUGCAGAUGUUGCUGCUGAAUUGAAUCUUGGGAGUAACACCAAGGUUCAAGUUGAUCCUGUUUCAUCUGAGGUGGCUGCUGCCAAGGAACAAGCUGAGGCAGAAGAGAAGAGAAAGGAAAGGAAAAAGAAGGAAGCAUUGCAUACACUUAAAUCAGCAAUUAUAAUCUCAGGCAUAGUUGUGGCUGUGGCAGGAGCUGCAAUUGUCAUAACCAAAAAGUUAAAAGAGAAAUGAUCACACCAAUUGUUGAUACAAGAUUUGUGUACUAUCAAAUUAGUUUCAUUUUGCUAUUUCCUCACUUUAUUAUUUUAUUAUAAGAAUUAGUACACAUUUUUUGGGUUAUCAAAUAAAUCUUGA